AUGAUUGCAGGUAAUACUGAUACUUCUGCACCAACUGCUUGGAGAACCGCUGUUUUUCUCGAUCCCGCGUUUGGGCGCACCAGAGCUAGCGCGUAUGUGCUGGCACCGCCUCCGUGCUUGUCCUCUACAGCGCUCCGUAGGGCCCUCUCGCUGAGCUCCACGUCGGCCGCGCAAGCGCCCUUGACGCGCCGUUCACCUGCUGCAGUUUUCGCCGCCGCCGCCGCCGCCGCCGCAGGGGCUGAAUGGGGGGUCGAGCCCAGCCAGUGGCACCCAGAAGAAAGAGACGCGGCGGCGGCGACGCCGACACCCACAGGCCGAGUGUUCCGGUCCGCCCGCGAGCUCCAAGAGGAGGUGGCGAGGCCCAGCCCCCGCGGUGCCUGGUGUAAAGAAGCCGCCUUCGCCCUCGCCGCCGCGGCCGGGACGCCCCAGGCUCAGUUCCCUCAGGUCUCAUACACACUCAGGACUCCGCGCUACAUCAUGUUCAAGAAACUGAGGCAGAAGAUCAGCGAAGAGCAGCAGCAGCAGCAGCUCCAGCAGGCGAUAGCUCCUACUCAGGGAUCGAACUCGGGACCUUGCGCUUGCAAGGCAGGCGCUGGAAUCACUGAGGUAAAUCCCUGGCCCUGUACUUGUUAUAUUUAUUCAUACUGGCCAUCUU